CGAAAUUUUUUCGGCAAUUUCGAAGAUAUUUUCGGAAAUUAUCGCAAGGAAAAGCAGUCGAUUUCAUCGCAGCUUCUUCAUAUACAACAACAAAUUAGCGAUUUAGCAUAUAACAACUAUAGAAUUUAUGCAGAUGCAGGCAGUACGACUGAAUAUUGUCGAAAAACGGCAGUUAUUUUAACUGAUAAUCUAGUGGACUCGAUAAAUACUGAUAUCGAUGGAAUUAGGAAUAGUCUAAAAGAAUUUAAUACAAAGAAAAGUGCAAUUCUCACGGAAUUAAAUUAUUUGAAGCUUGCUGAAUCAAAAAGGUCGCAUCUUUGGGAUAUUCUUUCGUUACCUGCCCGAAUGGAUAUUUGCAUACGCGCUGGUUAUUAUGAAAUUGCUUAUUCAAUAACGAAUUGCGCUGUUCAGUUACAACAACAUGGUUUGACAAAAAAUCCCGCAAUUAAGGCUGUGGUUGACAAAAUAAUAGAAGCGCGCCAUUAUUUACUUGAUGAACUAUUUAACAGAUUCGCUGGGCCAAUAGAUCUGGCCACUAGUAUUCAAAUCAUGAAUAAUAUCCGCAAAAUUCCUAAUUUGUCAGCUAUUCAAUUGCGGGUGGCUGUGCUUCAGUAUCGUGAUAUUUAUUUGGAGAAACAAAUAUCAGAAAUAAAGGAGCAGCCAGAUUUUAUACUUCGAGUUGUCGAUGUUUAUCGAGAUUGCAUGUAUGAUACAAUUGUCUUAUACCUUGCAGUUUUUCCUGAUGGUGAAAUUAUUAAACGUGAUCCCAAUGUUAAUCCACGAUGGGAUGUAUGGCAGGAAACAGAACAAUCUGCCAUAUUAAGUGAGUGGGCAAUACAGAAAUUGGAUUCACUGAAAGUCGAAAAUAAAUCGAACAUUGACGUAGGGACAUUAUCAAGCAAGUUAAUGAACUUUGCAUUUUCCUUUGGAAGCAUGGGAAUGGACUUUAGAAUACAAACUGCUAAUGUUAUGCAUGAAUUUACUAUGGCGAGAUUCACUGAAAGAAUACAAAAGGCCACAUCAAAGAUUGCAAAUCUUGAAAAAUUAAUUAUUGAAGGCGACAUAGAAGAGAUGGAAUUUUUGGCACAUUCGAGUGUUUCUAUUCAACCAUCUCCUCCAUCUGCUUUAGCGUUGUGGGACGAUCUCUGUAUCUAUGGUAAUGAGUUGUUAGAAGCAAUGAAUGAAUUAAGGAAUGGUCUUUCGCUUUUGCAGGUAUUUCUGGUUUUCGAAUGUGAAUAUAGGUUUUUUCAAAUUUUUUCAAUUUAUAUCUAUAUAAUUUUUUCUUUUUGUAAGAAUAGAAGCAUCAUUAUAAUCUUAAUUUGA